UGGAUCCUUCAUCAUCUCAGCCACCGGGGAAGCCUCAAUACUGGAGUGGGCAGCCUGUCCCUUCUCCAGGGCAUCUUCCCAACCCAAGAAUCGAACCAGGGUCUCCUGCAUUGCAGGGAGUCACAAAUCACAUUGAACCAAAAACCAUCCAGCGUUUUCUUCAAUUACAAGCACAAUGAAUAUUCCCAUGCUGCUCCAGCGUCCUCACCAGCACUUCCUAAAAGGCCUUUUGAGAACACCUUUCCGACGUUACCGCUUCAUCUUUCACCCACGUCCUCACCUCGGAUCUGAAAUCCCGUGUGCUCAGCUGCUCAGUUCUCCUGGACUCCAUUGGGCAAAGUGGAUGCUGCCAUCGAAUGGUUUAACAAGAAAAUUAUGUUUGCCGACAACCUUAGAGGAACACACAGAAGGACUUUCUGAUAAAGAACAAAGACUGGUGGAUAAGCUCUAUGCUGGUUUAAUCCAAGGCCAAAGGGCCUGUUUAGCAGAGGCCAUAACUCUUGUAGAAUCAACACACAGCAGGAAAAAGGAGUUAGCUCAGGUGCUUCUUCAGAAAGUAUUAGCCCACAACAGAGAACAAGAAAAAUUAAAUAAAGGAAAACCACUAGCAUUUCGAGUGGGAUUGUCUGGGCCUCCUGGUGCUGGAAAAUCAACCUUUAUAGAAUAUUUUGGAAAAAUGCUCACUGAGAGAGGACACAAAUUAUCUGUGCUGGCUGUGGACCCUUCUUCUUGUACUAGUGGUGGAUCACUCUUAGGUGACAAAACCCGAAUGACUGAGUUAUCUAGAGAUAUGAAUGCAUACAUCAGGCCGUCUCCUACUAGAGGCACUUUAGGAGGUGUGACGAGGACCACAAAUGAAGCUAUUCUUCUGUGUGAAGGAGGCGGAUAUGACGUCAUUCUUGUUGAAACUGUGGGUGUGGGACAGUCGGAGUUUGCUGUCACUGACAUGGUUGACAUGUUCAUUUUACUACUGCCACCAGCGGGAGGAGAUGAAUUACAGGGCAUCAAAAGAGGAAUAGUGGAGAUGGCAGAUCUGGUGGCUAUCACCAAAUCCGACGGAGACUUGAUCGUGCCAGCUCGAAGGAUACAAGCAGAGUAUGUGAGCGCGCUGAAAUUACUGCGCAGGCGUUCAGGAGUCUGGAGACCAAAGGUAAUUCGUAUUUCUGCCCGAAGUGGAGAGGGGAUCACCGAAAUGUGGGAUAAAAUGAAAGAAUUCCAGGAGGUGAUGCUUGUCAGUGGGGAGCUGGCCGCCAAGCGACAGAAGCAGCAGAAGGUCUGGAUGUGGAACCUCAUUCAGGAGAACGUCAUAGAGCAUUUCAGGACCCACCCUGCAGUCCGGGAACAGAUUCCUCUUCUGGAAAAGAGGGUUCUCAGUGGGGCCCUGUCCCCAGGACUAGCAGCAGACCUGUUGUUGAAAGCUUUUAAAAGCAGACACUAAUGAAGU